AUGUCCACUCCGCUGCCCGAGAAGUAUGACGACCUCCCCGAUAAGAAGAGAUAUUGGCCUGCCCCCCCCGGCUCUGUCGAGGAGGGUUUAGGGAUGCUGCGGAUCCUCACGCCAGACAUCGUUGCCAAUGCAGCGCGCACCGAGAUCCGCACCGGCGAGAGGGUCUGUUUGAAUUGGGACUUGGAAAAUCUGAACCCACCAGGAUUCGGACGCAAACCAUUUGAACACCGCGUCAAAUGGGUCAACCAGGGCAUCGCCUUUGAUGACGAAUACCACUUCAACCCACAGCAAUCAUCCCAAUGGGACGGAUUGCGACACCACAAUGCCCCGGCCCCGACAACAGAAAACCCAGACCGCAGGGUCUUCUACGGCGGCACAACAGCAGAGGAGAUCCAAGACCCAAAGUCCACCCGGAUCGGCAUCGGCCACUGGGCGACCAAAGGAAUCGCGGGCCGCGGCGUCCUCAUCGACUACCUCUCCUGGGCCAAAAAAAGAGGCAUCACUGUCAACGCACUAACCCGACACACGGUAUCGCUCGACGACGUGCUGGCCAUCGCAGCGGAAUGCGGAAUCAAGUUCCAGAAGGGUGAUAUCUUCUUCCUUCGAGUCGGUCUCCCGCAGACCUGGGCGAAUAUGUCUGAUGCCCAGAGACGGGAGUACAGUCUCCAGACCAUGCCUAACCAUGCGGGCAUCGAGCAAAGCGAGCGCAUGCUACGGUUCAUUUGGGAUAACCAUUUCGCAGCUGUUGCGUCGGACGCAGUCAGCUUUGAGGUCUUCCCGCCAGUUCAGCCGGAGUGGGAUCUACAUCACCAUAUCCUCGCUGGGUGGGGGGUGCCUAUUGGGGAGAUGUUUGAUCUGGAUGGGUUGGCGGAGAUGUGUGAGCUGUUGGGUCGGUGGACAUUUUUUGUAUCGAGUAGUCCGCUGAACUGUGCGAAGGGGGUGUCUAGUCCGCCUAAUUGCAUGGCUAUUUUCUAG